AUGUCGAAGCCGAUCUUGCUCGUGUUUUUACUAGUCAUACUUAUAGUCACAUCACAGUUUGAAUGGAGACAACCACUGGUUGAACCAGAUGCAGCCGCCACUAGCUCGUCUCAGAAACAGAAGCAGAUUUCUGACAGGGAAGAAGCUGUGAAAGAGAAGGUAAUCAUAUCGCAAGAGAGACAUAUCCAGAGGCUAAAUGAGCUUAUCAAGAGUCUUCAACUACAGUUGCUGCAAUGCAAGGGAGAGAAUGAGACCCAAAAUGGCACAGAAAGCUCCCAUCUAAACGAACAACUUAUCCACAAGGUCGAGAGGAAACAAAUCUUGGAAGGCUAA